CUGAUCCACAUCCGGUGCGGAGCGGCGUUCACACGAGGCUUCCGCAGGCGAACCGGGACCGACUGCGGAUCGAUAAUGAGCCCGAACCGUGAAGCUUAACGUCAGUCAGACACCCGGCGGGUCACCGGUGCAGGGUAACUGCCUCACGGCCGGAAGUUCGGAGAGAAAACAGCGGAAAUGGCUGCUCCUGUUGGUGCUAAUGCUAAUGCUAAUGUGGACCAGAAGGUUCUGCAGUAUGAGAACUUCAUCAACGAAGUUCUGAAGACAGAUUUACAGAAGGUGUUGGACCAGAGGGACUCGGUGUACGAGAAGAUCUCACAGUACCUGCAGCUGAAGAACACCAUUCAGAGUCUGCAGGAGUCGAGCUCUCAGCGGCUGAAGACAGACGUUGAUCUGGGCUGUAACUUCUACGUCCAGGCUGAAGUCGAGGACGCGUCCAGGAUCUUCGUGGCGGUCGGUUACGGUUUCUUCGUGGAGAUGACCCACGACGAAGCUCUGCGAUUCAUCGAGAAGAAGACGAGUCAGCUCACAGCCUUCACAGAGCAGCUCACCAAAGACGCAUCGAAGAUUAAAGCCAACAUCCGCAUGGUGCUGGAGGGUCUGAGGGAGCUGCAGGGCCUGACAGACCUCCCAGAGAGCCGAAGAAGAGAAGUUUUCUAGACUUCUCCACCUGUUGGACGAGCAGAGGAGCGUUCGGCUCAGAGCUGCACACCGAGGUUCCACAUGGACGUUUAAUAAAACAUGGCUGCUGCAGUUUGUUCUGGAGUAGCACAUUAAAGCUUCUCUGAGCUCCUCGUUAGGGGCGACAUCUGGACCCCGGUGAAUCUACAGGAUCUGGUCUGUAACAGACAUUCAGCAGGACAAAGAGUCGGAAAUCACACGUCGUCCAUCCAGAAUAAAAAAAAAGAUAUCUGCUGCAGAGCUUCCCUGAGAAUCAUCAUGUUUUUAAGUUUUCUUUGGUCUCACAGUAAAACAAAAUGACCAACAUAUAAAUUAAAGUGAGUGACCAGAGCAGAUGAUGUUAAAGGCUCAUAUUCACGUUCAUACUGUUAUUUAGGGUUUCUACUAACAAAUGUUUAAUGUUGACAUUAUUUUCUCAUCCUGGCUGUUGCUGGCGCAGCGCUAACGCGAUGUGGAGGUGUGGCCAGGCCUCACUGAUUGCUGUACAGAAACACAGCUUUCUAACUUUAUGCACUGAUUUCUGUGAAACUGGAUCAGAUUUUAUGGAGAGAAUAUUUUCUGUUUCUCCCUCUAAAGUCCUCCGGCUGCUCUGCCUCCACGCGCUCUGAUUUAUGGAGUUUGUUGAGAGAGAUUUUCAGUUGAUUCUGGUUUAUAAAUGUUGUGGUUUAAAUCUGGAUUAAUGUGUUUAAGCUUUGGACCUGUUGAAGCAGCAGAGCAGGACGCUGUUGUGAGGUUGUGUUGUUUUAUAAUCCUGAAAGUCAAACAAUUUAACCAUUUAUAUCAUUAAAAACUUAAACUAGA